AUGAAAACCCAUCUAAUACUAAGCUAUACAAUACUGGUCCUCACAAUAAUUGCCUUUUUACUCACAGCAGCUGCUCUAUGCACACCAUCUUGGCAGGUAGUCUACGCACGCGAAAUCCGGCAAUGGGUACAAAGCGGAUUAUGGUUAUCAUGUCAAACGAGACCCAAUGGCAUGUACAGUUGUACGUACACAUUCUCUCAUGACGAUUUCAAUACGUACUUUAGUGAUGAAGUUUCUGGUUUUCGAACACCAUCUUUUUAUCCGUGGCAAAGAACUCUCUUCCACAUUUACCUGAUAUCCCAAGCAUUUGCAAUGCUUUCACUGAUCAGUUUCUGUGUUUCAGUAUCUCGGAAAGAAAGCAAAUUACCAAAUAUUCUAAGAACUGUUUUUCUUGUGCUAGCCGCCGUCAUCGCAUUCGGAUGUCUUAUUGCAUUUGCGGUUUACUCAUACAUGGUUGAGUAUCGAUUCUUCCAUGUUUCAGUUAGUGGAAUCUAUGAGAAGCAUCGUGGCUACUCUUGGUAUAUUGCCCUGACUGGUGCAUUUGUCUAUCUGGUGGCUAUUAUUUUAUCAGUUAUCAACGUCCUAAUGCAAGCUAGAGAUAGCAGUGCUACCAUGUCAAGACAGAACAUAAAUUCUUCAUUGCAAAGCGACUUUUUCGAGUACCAAUACCACCCCAACCGAUCUAUGGAAUCAUUUGAGGAUCGGUUUGCUAUGAGAACUCUUCCACCAGUUCCACGACAGGAAAAGAAAACUACUAUGUUCUAA